GUAGGACGAUAUUCAGUGCUGGUAGUUGCUGCCAACACGCCUAGGAUGAAGAGUCAGGGCCCGAUUGGAAUUUGCGAGAGACCACCAGCUUCAUGAUGUGAAUGGUGUUUUUGUUCUAGACUUGUAUUACCCUAACCGGAUUUGGACAAACCGUCGCGAACCAAAGCGCACUCGCUAACGAUCGUCCGACCAUCGUCCUUCUCUGCGAUAAAAGGAUGCAUCCCUGGCUUCUAAACAUUACAAAAGCUCCAGCUAGCAAACCUAGAAUGUAAAACGUCUGCGGCUUGACGGAGAGAGCGAGGACGGAUGACGCCCAACGAGCAACAGGCAGCUGGCGGACCGCCAAUACGACGCCAGAGCUCCGUGGCCGGCUUGAGCAGUCAUGGGACGUCUCGCAAACGGCUGGGAUCGGAUUUCGACCGGUCGGCUUACACGGCCGGCCAAACGCUGGUCACGGUGGUCAACGACCCGCGCGUGUCUGACGCCUCCAAGGGCUGGGGCACCUGGCUAGGGCUGGGCUUUAAGGUGCCGGACAUGACGUGGCAGGAGCCGCCUCCGCCCAUUGACAGCAUGCGCUACCCGGCCGUUACACGCCGGGACCUGGCAAAGUAUCUGUCGCUGGUCGGGGAGGGCCAGUGGGCGGCCUUCCAGGCGGCUCGCUCCAGCCUGGCACUGGGCGGCAUUUCACAGCAGAUGAUGAUGCUGGCGGGCCCAGGGGAGGGUGGCGCGGACCCGGAUCUAGAUCCAGACCUGGAUCUGGAACUGUACGACGAGGCGGCGGCCAGUGGCGGUGGCCAUGGUGGCGCUGGCGACGGCGGGCUGCGGGAGGAGCAGUUGGCACGCCACGACUUUGAGGAUGGCACAGGGCCGCGGCUGCCCCUGCAGUCUGCCGCCUCCACCAGCUCCCUCGGCGCCGCCAGCAGCAGCCUGGCAGCGGCGGCCGCAGGGGCAGCGGGAGCAGGGCCGGCGGCGGGCUCCACGGCGGGCGGCGGCGGCGGCGGCGGGCGGCCUGCUCGCAUCAAGCAGGGCGAUGGGCUGGUGACGGCUCUGGCGGUGGUACCACCGCUGUUCUUCGCGGAGGACUUCUCCCUCAGCAGGCCGGAUGUGUUUGAGGCCAUCUGCGGCGGCUGCGAGGACGACGGCGAGGUGUACAGCCGCAUUGAGAAGCUCAGCGCGGCGCUGGACGUGGUGGAGACGCAGCUGAUGCGCGAGAUCGCCGGCCGCAGCCGCGCCAUUGUGUCGGCGGGCAACUGCGUGCACGACCUGCAUGACCGCCUGAGCGGCACGCUCGGGCACAUACGCCGGCUGAGGGAGAAUGUGAGCGAGUUGGAUGCGGCCAGCUACUCGGCGGCUGUCAAGGUCAACCGGUUGCAGCGGCGGCGCAACCACCUCAACGCCGCCAUUGAGCAGGUCAAGAGCCUGGAAGAGGUGGCUGCGGCCAAGGCGGCGAUCCCGCUGCUGCUGGAGGCGGGAGACUACGCAGGCGCUCUGGAGCUGCUGGACAAUCUGAGCCACGCGAGCGCGGGUCUGGCGGCGGCGGGCGUGGCGGCGUUCCGCGGCCUGCCGCCGCAGCUGUCGGAGCAGCGCGAGGUGGUGGAGGGGCUGCUGCAGAGCGAGAUGCUGGGUGCGGCGCUGUACGGCGAGGCGGGAGGCGUGCUGGACAGGGCCAUCGCGGAGUCCGCGGUGGCACUGGGCAUGACGCCGCCGCCCGCCGCGUUGGCCUCCGUCGACAGCAACGGCUCCGCCUCCAGCGGCGGCCCCCUCAGCCCCGGCGGCGCCACGCGCGCCGCCGCCUCCGCCGCCGCCGCCGAGCUCGCCCGCUCCUGGAGCGCCGGCUCCGCCUCCGCCUCCUCGUCUGCGGCGCUGCUGGGGGCGGAGAUGGCGGCGGCGCGGGAGCAGCUGCACGACCGGCUGCUGCCGGUGGUGCUGGGGCUGAGCCGCUGCGGGCGGCUGGAGGUGGCGCUGCGACAGUUCGCGGUCAACAGACAGGCGGAGGUGAAGACGAUUGUCCGGGAAGUGGUGGAGCGACUGCUGCCCGUGCAGCUGGCGGCGGCGGGCAUUGACGUCGGCGGCGGCGGCGGCGGUGGCGCCGACGGCAGCGGCGACGGCGCGGACGGCGGGCCGGGCGGCGGCGGCGAGAUGUCUCUCGCGGAGAAGCUGUGUGCCCUGCCGCACCAGGCCUUCAUGCAGCUGCUGCUGGUCAUUAGCAGUAUGGUGGAGGCUUAUCUGGCGCAUACGGUGUUGGUGGGCAGCAUCAUAGAGGACGUGCUGAGGUCGGCAGGAGCCGGCGGCGGCGGCGGCAGCAGCAGCAGCACCAUGGGUGGUGCCAGCGGCAGCGGCAAGGCGGGCGCCGCCGCCGGCGCGGCCAGCUGGCGGCGGGAGCUGGCGGCGGCUCUGCAGGCUGUGGUGGACGUGGCGACGGGGCGGUGGGCCAAACUCAUGGCCGCGCGGUCAGACGUGCACAGCCGCCUUAGGGUGUACGAGUUCCGCUCGCUGCUGGCAGCCUGCGAGGCCUUCGCGGGCCUGCCUGAAGCGUUCGGGCUGCGGCAGGGCGCGGCGCUGAGGCCCACACUCACGGCGCUGUGCCGCGCGCACCUGGAGACCACACACUCGCGCUGCGCCAUGCAGAUGCAGCACAUGCUGGAGGCGGAGCAGUGGGUGCCGGCGGAGGCGCACGCGUCCUUCCAGGCCAUCGUGGACAAGAUGGAGCAGCGCUGUGCCGGCCUGCUGGCGCCGCCGCCGCCGCCGCUCGACCUGGGGCCGGCCGCGGCACAGCGGCCCACGCAGGGCCUGUUGCGGCUGGGCGGGCGCUACUACUGGCCCGUCAACGCAUUACUCAUGCUGCUCAAGCUCCUGGACGAGCACUACCUGGGGCUACUGCCCAGCACCAUUAGUAAUACCGGCUUCGGCGCCGCUACAGCCGCGCCCCCGGGCGGCCGGCCACGCCUGCCGAGCGCAGCGGCGGCGGGCGGGCUGCUGUUGCCUGGCCAGCAGGGCUUCAUUGGCGGCGGCAGUGGCCUGAGUGGUGGUGGCGGCGGCGGCGGCGGGCACAGUGCGGCGCUGUCCACGCUGGGGCCGGACGUGGCGCAGCGCUGCCUGGAGCUGCUCCGCACCUUCAACACCGUCACCGCGCAGCAGGUGCUGGGUGCCGGCGCCAUGCGCACCGCCGGCCUCAAGUCCAUCUCCGCCAAACACCUGGCGCUGGCGGCGCAGUCGCUGGCGGCGGCGCUGGCGGCGCUGCCGCUGCUGCGGAGCCAGCUGGCGGGCGUACUGGGCGACGGGCCGCGGCGGGCGCUGCUGCUGCCUGAAUUCGACCGCCUGGCGCAGGACCUGAACCUGCAUGUGGAGGAGAUCCACGCCAAGCUGGUGCAAAUCAUGCAGGAACGCGUGCACGCCGUGUGCAGGCAAGUGGCGGCGGAGGCGGACGCCUGGCCGCGCGCCAGCGCCGCGCAACAGGCUCACCAGGCGGCCAGCCCCUCGCCUUCAGAGCCGCUGCGCCUGCUGGCGCGGCAGCUAGGCACCCUGCGCUCGGUGCUGCAGCCCAUCCUGCAGCCCGAGGAGGUCGCCUACAUCUUCGGGCGCGUGGCGGCGGCAUGCAGCGAGACCAUGGCGGCCAUGUUCGACAGCCUGCUGCCGCCGACGGCGGCCGCCGCCGCGGCGGCGGUGGCGGCGGAGCCGCUGCCACCGCCCGCGCGGGGCGGGCUCCUGCAAGGGCUGCGCGGAGCCGCCGCGGGCGGCGCCGCAGGCGCCGCCGCCGCCACGGCCGCGGCGGCGGCCGCCGCGGAGGCAGCGGCUGCGGGCGCGUUUGCGGCUUGGGACGCCAGCCGGCGCGCCAACGCGCUGUUUGUGCUGCAGACGCUGGUGGCGCUGCCGCUGGACCCCUCGCGCGCCGCCAGCUACGUGACGCGCCUGGCCACCUUCUACACCAAGCACUACGGGCUGCUGCCGCCCGACGCGCAGGUGCAAACGCCGCAGGCGCGCGCUAUGGCAGCGGCAGCUGCAACGGCAACGACGGCGGCGGCUGCCGCCGCCACGGCCCCGUUAACACUUGCAGCGGUGGCGCCGGCAGGGUCGGUCGCGAAUGCCGAGCCGUCCUCGGGUGUGGCCACGGACGCAGCAGUGCCCGAAGGAGGCGCAUUGACGGCAGCUCCAGCGGAUGCAGACCGGGCGAUAGGGCCUUCGGUGACAGAGGCUGCCGCGGCGGAGGCUGCACCGCAACCGCCGUCCGAUGAGGCUGCGGUGACGGCUGCAGGUGCGACGACGCGAGAUCGCAGUACGGCAAUGGAAGCGGUGUCGACGAUACCAGGCGGGGUAGACACGGCGCCGGAGGGGAGAGUUGCGGGUGGUGGUGUGACCGCCGCACAGGGGUCCACACUAGAGCCUGGACCGCCGUCUGUAGCGGACGAUGCGGUAGACUCUAGGGAUGCUGCGAUGGCGGCAGCAGAGGCGGCGGCCGAGGCAGAGCACGCGGCUGCAGCAGCCGAGGCACGAGCUGCCGUGGAAGUGGCGGCGGCUGACGAGGCGGCGGCUGCACAUGCCGCGGCGGUGGCAGAGGCGGCUGCUGCGGCUGAGGCAGCAGAGGUGGCUGAGGCCCGGGCGAGAGAGGAGGCGGCUGUCGCAGCGGAGGCGGCCGCAGCAGCAGAAGCCGCGGCAGCUGUGGAGGCGGCUGCAGCGCAGGCAGCGGCAGAGGCUGCGGCGCAGGUGGAGGUGGAGGCUGUCGCAGCGGCCGCGGCACAGGCAGAGGCGGAGGCGGCUGCACAGGCGGAGGCGCGGGCGAGGGAGGAGGCUGCUACGGCUGCUGCGGAGGCUGCAGCCGCUGCCGAGAUCGCAGCAGCGCAGGCAGCGGCAGAGGCUGCGGCACAGGCGGAGGCGGAAGCUGUUGCAGCGGCUGCAGCACAGGCAGAGGCGGAAGCGGCUGAACUGGCGAAAUCGCGGGCGAGGGAGGAGGCUGCUGCGGCGGCGGCAGUGGCAGCAGCACAGGCAGAGGCAGCUGCAGCCGCGGAGGCGAAGGCUGUUGCCGCGGCUGCUGCACAGGCAGAGGCGGAAGCGGCUGCACAGGCGGAGGCGCGGGCGAGGGAGGAGGCUGCGGCGGAGGCGGAGGCGGCAGCAGCACAGGCAGUGGCAGAGGCAGAGGCAGCUGCAGCCGCCGAGGAGGAGGCUGUUGCCGCGGCUGCUGCAGAGGCAGAGGCGGAGGCGGCUGAACAGGCGGAGGCACGGGCGAGGGAGGAGGCUGCUGCGGCAGCGGAGGCAGCAGCGGCAGCAAAAGCAUCGACUGUCGCGGAGGCAGCGGCCGCAGCCGAGGCCGCAGUGGCAGAGGCUUCGGCACAGGCGGAGGCGGCUUCGGCAGCGGAGGAGGCAGCGGCCUCUGCCGAGGCCGCAGCCGCACAGGCAGCGGCAGAGGCUGCGGCACGGGUGGAGGUGGAGGCUGUCGCAGCGACUGUCGCACAGGCAGAGGCGGGGGCGGCUGCACAGGCGGAGGCGCGGGCGAGGGAGGACGCUGCUGCGGCAGCGGAGACGGCAGCGGCAGCAGAAAUUGCAGCUGCGGGAGCAGCUUCGGCAGCACAGGCAGAGGCGGAGGCUGCAGCCGCGGCCGUCGCUGCAGCGGCCACAGCAGCUGAGGCGUUGGAUCAAGCGGCCGCGGAAGCAGAAGCUGCAGAGGCGGAGGCUGCUGCAGCUGAGGCUGCUGCUGCAGGCGCCCGGGAAGCUGCAGCUGAGGCCGAGACGGUGGCAGCAGCGGAAGCGGCAGUCGCAGAGGCGGAGCUGUGGGCAGAACAGGGCGAGGCGUUUGUUGCUUCCGCCUCUGGUGACGACUCUGGGGAACCCGCAGGAGUUGUGGCUGCCGGGGUGCAGGAGAAGGCCGGGCCAAGUACCUCUCUUGUGGACGUGACGGAGGUGGGGUCAGCAGCAGCGCCGCCCGCGGACUCAAGGGGUCAGGUGCAAGAACCGCAGUCGCCAGAGGAGGCAACAAGCGCAGGGCUAGGCGCCGAGGCGGAGCAAGCGGGGGCACGGGCGGACGUGCAAGCUUGCGGCGCAGCAGCAACAAACGAAGCGGCAUCAGCAGAGGCGGCUAGUGGGGCGAGCGGGUGGGAUGGAGGUGAGCUUCACCCGUUGCCUCCGCUGUCUGGGAACGAGCGGGCGGCGGAGGCAGCGGAGGCGGAGGCGGCCGCCGGUGGCUCGGACAUGGAGCAGGAGCUUGCAUCGGGGAGCGCUGUCGCACAGCGGCAGCAGCAGCAGGAGCAGCAGCCAGAGGAGCCUAGAUCGACAGGCUCGGCACAGGAUGCAAACAACGCAUGGGGGCAGCAGCAGGGCUGGGGCUGGGGUGAGGGCGACGAGCAAGAAGCGGAGGGGGCGCAGGAGGCGGAGCAGGAGGCGGAGGGGCGGGAAGGCAAGGUGCUGGGGCGAGCGGAGCAGCAGCAAACAGUGGAGCCUACAUCGGCAACCGCUGGUGAGGUGGAUCUCGCAGACCUGUUGGGAGGCUGGGGCCAGGAGGAGCAGAGCUUGGAGGCCGCGGCUUCAGGCUCGAGCGAGCGGCCCGCACCCGCGGCGGCUUCCAGUGAUGCCGGGCUUUCGCCACAACCGCUACCAGGCGCACAGCCGGCGACAAAAGCAACGAUGCCAGCGGACGCGACAGGGCCGCAUGUGGACCUCCUCGGUGGCUUUGGCGGAGACGCUGCCAAUGUAGACGGGGGCAGCGGCACCAUUAAUUCCACAGUUGCUGGGGUGCGGGCACCUGCUCACCCAGCGGACGGGCACUUCCUAGGGCCAGCGACUCCUGGCGUUGACAUCGGCAAGCCGCAGGCGUCACAGCUGGCGGAUGCGCCGGCGUCGCCGCCUGCACGGUCCGUCUUCAUUGACCCCUUGGCGGGACUGGAGGUGGCGGCGGCGACGCCGGGCAGCGCGAUACGACAGUCCGGCAGCGGCGACAUAGCAGACAGUCUGCUGUAGUGCUGGUCAUUGCAUACAUGUCGCGUGGAGCGGAGCGGGAAGGACGAGUGUCUAAGUAGUGUAGGGAAUGAGCAGGGUAGGGAAGGCUGAGGUUAGCGGAGCACCGGGACGCAGGCGAAGGCUAGGUGCGACGCUCAGCGAGGGGUGCAGAAGGCGAGACAAGCGCGACACGCAGUCGGUGCACUCUACCCAGAAAGAAACAAAGUUGGAUUUGAUGAAAUAGGCAGGCGACAGGCAGUGCCAAAGCACGAGUUGUAUGUUAAGAGUUGCCAAGAUAAAAAAUAAAAAACGCC